AUGAAGUAUGCAACCCGCGACAUCCCCUUCUCCUGGUACUGGAAAGGCAAGCCUCUCCACAAAGGCCAGUUGCACGGCGAGCGCAUCCGGCCGGUCUACCUCGGGGUGCCCGAUAUAGAUACCUUGUCGCUGGCAGGAUGCUCCUCUGACUCCUCGAUCGAGUCGACAACGGCGCAGGCAACUCACAGUCGGUGUGAGGGAUGCAAUGAACAUGCCCAACAUCACGGUACCUUGAGCGGUAGCGAUUGUCCGGUUUGCGACAAGGCCAAGAAGCGCUGCCAAUGCCACCAUGCCCAUCACGAUCCCAUGCCCACCCAAAAGACGGCAAAGGCCAAAGCCCAGGAACAGUGUAGCUGUGGCCACCACCUGAAGGCUGCUCAUACGCCGGCGAAGCCAGCGACUUCAGCUGCAACACCGCACCACCGUUGCUGCAUGGCUCCUAAAGGGCAUUGUUGCGAGCAUCAUCAUCAUCAUCAGGGUGCCUCUUGCCCGGCAUCUCCAGUCCUUGCGGUACCUUGCCCGCACCAUUCGGAUGACAGUCACCGACACAAAAUGGCCCGAUCCAGGCGCUCAAGCAGACGACGUUCAAACGCAGAGACGGAAGCUCGAUGUCCGAACUUCUUUCGCACCUGCGAUUGCUAUUCGGAUGUCGCAUACCACUCCGUUGACGAUGACAUGAUGUCCGAGAUCUCGGUGGACGUGGGAGCGGGCAGCGACGGCGACACCGACGAAUCGCGAUGCCCACAUCACCACUACCCUUCGUGGUGGGCGUACCGGCCUGCAAUGGGAUAUGGGAGGAGAUGA